CUUUCUUCUUCCAGCUGCUCCUCGUUCGCUCCUUUGGAUGGCUUGACCAUCCUCAUUCGUACUCGUGGGCAUCCCACGCCACUCUCAUUACCAGCAUCCCUUGUUUUCAUUCCUUCUCGCAGCCUGGAAGCUCGUCCGCCACCUUUCUUUUUCAUCGAUCACGGUCGGCUUGUGGCCCGUAUACCGUCGUUCUUUUCGCUCCGUUUGUCCUCUAGCUAGGACUCCAUUUCGUUCUUCUCUCACGCGACGCGCUAUCUCGUCCUUUUCUGUUGAAACGUGUUUGUUGCUAUCGAAAUAUCACCACCUCGAUCUUUGUUCCACCCUACCUACCCUUUCGCGCCAUAGAGUACGAUUCGUUUACUCCCAUAACCCAUCAAGUGCAAUUUUCAGUGAACCCUCCAUCGCAUCGGAUUGGGUUGCGCCAACUCAGCAGUUCUUAGAAGGCAACCGUUGGUCAAAGCUUCUAUAUACGGUUCUCCGUCUUGGAACCAUGGUUCACGGGCAUGGCCAUCAUGAGCAUAUCGCUCACCUCGAAGAGCGCAACCUCGAAGAGCGUAAUGACUUCCCUGUAUCAAUUGUUUAUAUAACCGCUGUCCCAACAUUCACCGGCCCAAUUGGUGGCUAUAUUACCGGUACCGCACCUCCCGCGACUGCCGAUGAUCCCAAUACUGCCACUGCUGCACCUACUGCUGGUGUUGGCGGCGCUGUUCGGCAGUCACGGACUUCACAGGAGGCCCCGACGACAACAGCGGUGGUAGAACCGACCACCAAGGAGACUACAGCAGCGCAGCCGACGACUACUGAAGCGACUCAUACUACGCAGUCUAAGGCCCAUACAACUUUCACUCUCGCCACUAGUAGCAGCGACCAGAACACUCAGUCAACCUUCUCUUCAGAUGUGUUGACUGCAAUCACAAGCACAUCCACGGCCCCCACCUCCGCUGUAUCUGCUACGGAAUCAGAAAAUGUCGCCGGGGCGACCCUUGCGUCUUCCCCUAAGGCUUCGUCCGACUCAGCUUCAGUGGCUUCGGUUACUCCGACCACAGCCGCAUCGGCCUCCAAUGGUCUCUCGGGAGGUGCGAAGGCCGGCAUUGCAAUUGGCGUCAUUUUGGGUGUCGGAGUGAUUGCAGGACUCAUAUUUCUCUUCUUGCUGCGUAAGAAGAAGCAGGCUGGUAGGGAGCCAAUUGAAGAUAACGAGAAGAUUGUUGAUGACUUUUCAUCUCCGGCACCGGCACCUGCGCCUGCGCCUGCACCUCCUCCCAUAGUGGAGGCUAAAGCUCUCCCCGACCCGCCACCUGAGCUUAAUGUGCGCCCUGUCACUCAAUUCGCCCCAGACCUCGCUGUUGGUGGUGCCCUUGGGGCUGGCGCUGCGGCUGCUGCUGUCGCUUCACAUGGCCGUAACGAUGGCGCUGAUCCUGCUGUCGCUCCUGGUACCGCUGUCACGUCUGGUACUGCUGUCACGUCUGGUACUGCUGUGUCGCGCAACCUUACAGGCAAUCAACCGGAAUAUAAGGCUUACUCUCCCUCCCUCCAGAGCCCGCCGGUCCAAACUUCACCUGAAACUCCAAAAGACAGUGACAGCCACUCGGAUCCGUUUAGUGAUCCUGUGAAUCCGUUCGAUAACCAAGCAGAGGAUCCUUCUCCACAGAGCUCGACAGCGCCAUCCAUAGCACCAAUGCCGCCUGUGUCGCCUAUGUUUUCUGGCUUCCCUACGCUUGCUACGGAGACUGCCCCGGCAGCAGGUUCUGAAUUAGAAGAUGCCUCUGCCAAUACAACUCUAGCGGUUACCGCCACUGACGCUGCUACUGAUGCUGUGGCUACUGCCGCCGUCGGUGUUGCUGCCGUCGCAGCUUCAUCGACCAACGAGGCCGAUAAGAAUAAGGAUAGUCCCAACAAGCAGGAAACCCGGGCGUCAUCUCCAACUGAUACCACUACCAGACCGUUGACUCCUGCUAGUGCUACCAGUGCAGAUGCUGUUUCUCUCUCUUCAGAAAAGGUGGCCGCCGCUGCUGCUAUUGGUCCUGGCCCAAGUAAUGUACAUCGCGUGCAGAUGGACUUUAACCCCUCUAUGGACGACGAGCUUGAACUUCGUGUUGGACAACUAGUUAGACUGCUACAUGAGUACGAUGAUGGAUGGGCAUUGUGCGUCCGGCUUGAUCGUUCUCAACAAGGAGUGGCUCCACGGUCCUGCUUGUCUGCGAGACCUUUGAAACCCCGAUCUCGUAAUCCGAAUGGACCUGGACCUGCUCCACGUUUACCGGUAAACGGACCAAAUGGCCCUCCAAUGCCUCCGGGACCUCCGGGACCAGCAGGACCACCUCCCUUCUUCCCCCCAGGUCCCCGACCAAUGUCGCCUAGCGGGCCCGGUUUCCCUAUGCCAAUGCCGUCAGGUCCCCCGCGUCCCUCCCAAUUCCCAAAUGUUCCCUGGUCUCAAUCACCCGGACCACGUGUAGUCCCUCCGCCCCUGAGGUCGGCGAGUCCCGGGCCGUAUGGGUAUCCAGACAUGCAGAAACCUCCAGCCCUCGUUAGCCAAAGACCACGCAGCAACAGUACCAGCAAUGUCGACGGGCUCGGUCCGCGAACUAACGGUCCUCCUAAGACGAGUCCUCUGGCAGGACCAGCUUCUCCGCCGCCUUCAACUGAACCCCCGGCCAUCCCUACCUCGUCGUUACCAACAGAAGUCAAAAGAAAACCUGUUCCGGGUCCUCCAAGCGAGUCUUCCUAGGCGAGGAUCGUGCACCUGUGAAAUGGGAGUGAUCUUAUUAAUCAAAACAACUCCAUUGCUUCAUUUCCACUGGUCGAGACAAGUUUGGUAUGGCGAGAUUGUUGUACGUCAGCGACGCGAGAUCUAUCUCCACUGUUACCAUUGAUCUUUUCCAUGUUUUUUUUUUUUUUUUUUUUUUUUUUUUUUUUGGAAUUUUCUUUUAUUUCUUUUCAUCUUCCCUUUCCUUUUGGUCAGACUUUUUUUUUUUGCCUUCUCGCGUUCCGGUUUUGUGACUUUUUACCCAGCUGCAAUAUGGCAAGGUGAAGUGGAAUUUCCACUCAGCAAGCUGGUUUUUGAAGACAUCAAACCCGGUAUCAUUGUACAUACACUCUUGUUCUCGUUUUGUCAUGUAUGAAUCCCCUCAGGUAUUGGAGCCUUGCCCAUGUGUGAGACCCCGCCCCAAACGUUGUAAUAUCUUGUUGGACAUACAUGAAUCUAUCCCUCUGACUGUUCAUUCCGCCUGGAUGUCAGUGUUACUUUUUAUGCCUUCCCCUGGACGUUUGAUGUGUCAUCAGCAUGUUGUAACUAUGUUGUAUAUGUAGUGGUACGUAGUAUUCUAUGUUUUAUAGCACAUGUAUCUUAUUUCCAGCAUGUUAGGCCUCUGAGAACGCA